AUGUCUUACGCUGGCUCUCCAGCAGCCGCAGCCGCAGCCGCAGGGCCUGGCGAGGAGACCACGGGGGCCUCAGCCUCCCAGGGCCUGCCCGCCUGUGUUCCCGCUUCCAACCCCGAAUCCGAGGAGGCGCCCGGCUUAAGCCAACUGCCCAUCGAGAUGCUCCUGGAAGUGCUGAGCUACCUUCCCACAAGCGUGCUGCUCGGGCAAUGCCGCCACGUGUGCCGGUACUGGCGCUACCUGGUGGACACCCGGGCCAUGUGGCUGAGCAUCUUACCCUACAGCCACGCUAAGCUGUGGCCCAUCUUCCGAUCCUGCCUCCCGCGAGACGACGACGACGACCCCAGGCCCUGCCUUCUAGGCCGCUUCUGCGAGCGUAGACCCUUAGGACGCAAUCUCUACCCGAACCCCCACGGCAUAGAUGCCUUCCUGCCUUGGAGGACAGUCAACUGUAGAAGCUGGAAAAAGGAGGAAAGCUGGAAGGAUGGCCGCAGGCUAGUUGCCUGGGACUCUUUCCAGCCUUUCUACAGGUGGACGUCCCUCUUCCUCAAGGACUGGGGUGGGCGGUGGUGGUGUUACAAAAAGCAAGUGUUGGACCUGGAGGAGGAAGGUCUGUGGCCGGAACUCCUGGAUAGUGGAAAGAUUGAGAUUUGUGUCUCUGCCCGGUGGGCAGACCAAGAAGCCUCGGUCUGUCUAUAUGAGCUAAUUGUCCAACUUCUAGAUGCCAAGCAGGCCAAGCUACAUCAUUUCUCUCCUAGGCCAAUCCAUCAAGGUACAACCAGUAUCCCUUUUAAGACCGACCACAUGUUCUGCAACCUCAAGAAGGGUGUCCGCUUUGUGUCUCUGGAACACUGGAUUUGGGACAUGGGAUUCCUGCCUGAGGACUAUGGAAUCAUCGUGCCCAAGGCCAGUGUGAUUGUACAGGUCUGCCAACUCUAG